AUGUCGACUAUACGCACCUCACCAUUAUUAUCAAAUCGUUUAAAUCCAUUUCUAAGUGAAGCAAAUUUUAAAAAAUCAUGUGAAAUAGUUCAUACUAAAUCUAAGCGCUAUGAUAAAAAUAUGGUUGAUAAUAUUCUUGUUCAUGAUGAUCCAGACAAAGCAUUCAUUGAAAUUAAUAAACGUACAUUCAUAUGGUAUUUAGCUAUCGGAAGUAUGACCAAUCCUAUUUCGUUAUAUUUACGUGAUCUAACGCCACUGAUGUCUUAUCCAGUUAAAUGUCCUGAUUAUCGAUUAGCUUUUCGAGAUUGCUGUGGCAUGGCUGAUAUUGAAUACUGUCCAGGAAAAGAAUUUCAUGGAGUUGUACAUUUAUUACCUAUGAAACAAAUGCUUUAUCUAGAUCAAAUUGAACAUAUUUAUAAACGUAUUAUAGUUAAUGCAAUUGAUUAUCAGCAAUGUUCGCAUCUUGUUUAUGUUUAUAAAAUGAAUUUAGUUGAACAACAAGAACGACUUAUGAAUUUACCAUCGGAACGUUAUGUAGAUCUUAUUGUUAAAGGUUGUGAAUAUUUUGGCGUUCACACUUCAUAUAUUAAUCGAUUAAAACAUGAACAACCAGUUAUAGCUCGAAAAUUGCCAACUACAUAUGAAAAAAUAACUAAUGUGCCGGAUAACGUUUUUUUUACAAAUGAAGAUCUUUUGAAACACAAUGGCAAAGAUCCAAAUUUUUCUUUAUGGAUUAGUGUGAAUGGAAAAAUAUUAGAAUAUAAAGGUUUACCAUCAGAUGAUCAUCCAGAUUAUGCAAAUAAAAAGCAAUUUUAUGAAUUUGUUUUAUCAUGUUUGGGUGGACGAGAAGUUACUCAUGCUAUAGCAAGAUCAUGGUAUGAACCAAUGUAUAAACUACCAUUGAAUGAUGAUGAUUUAACAGAUGAACAUCGUGCUUUUGCUGAAGAUAUGUGUGUUUCUUGUUGCCUUAAAAGUAGUGGAAAUAGUCAUGAAUCCUGUUGGAGACCAAUAGGAAGGCUUCGAAAAACAUCGAAAAAGAGUCAAUCUUAA